AUCGUUAAAGCAGUGUGUACUGAAGUGAUUGUGGAAAAUUCUCUACCGUUCCGUAUUCAGGACGAUACACAAUCUCAAAUUCAGUCAAACAGAUAGGCUGCCACGACUGCUGUUGCUGCUGCGAGGACAAAAUAGAUUCCAUUACGCCAGCUAAACCUAGAAGCAAAAGUCCGGUUGAUUGACCACAGGCGAAGAACCGCGCUCGGAAGAGAUAAACAGGAAGGAUACGGACCCGGAACGACUUGUUACUGAGUUGGGAGCUUGCUGGCAGAGAUAAAACCAAGUAGUGCAAUGCACGAGGACGAUUUUCGCUCGUCGACAUCUCGUGAAGAUCGACGCCGCAGUCGUGAACGAGACCGAGACCGCGGACGGGACCGUAGCAGGGAUCGACCCCGAAUGCGCGACAGAAGCAGCCGUGAUAAAAGUCGCGAUCGUCGGCGUGAUGAUUACCGUGACGAUCGAUACAGAAUGGAUCGCCGAGACGAUCGUUACAGAAUGGACAAAGACCGCGGACGACACCGGAGUUCGCAUGAAAGAGAAAGAAGUCAUAAAAGUUCUAGAAGAGAUCGCAGUCGAAGUAGAAGUCGCGACAACCGCAGUCGUCGCAGGAGUCGAUCCCGGUCACGCGGUAGAAAACAUGGAAACGAUCGUGAUCGUUCCCAGCGCGAUUUGUCAGUAGAAAUUGAACAAGAAUUGCAGCAUUUAAGAAAAUUAUCUGACAUGAAGCAGGCAGCCGAAAUGGAAUUGAAAAAUCAAAGUGAGACUGAAAGUGGGUCCAACACACAUUCUACGGAAGAUAUAAGCAGUCAAAAUUCCGCAACUGCUAGUAAAGAAAAGCAAAAAGAUCAUUUGAAUCCAAUAUUUAAUAAUACUAGUAAAGACAAAGCCGAUUAUGUUCCAGAAAUUGAAACUGAAGAGGAACGCAUCGAAUUUCAGAAAAAGAUGCAGGAAAAAUUGCAAGCCCAUUUGGCAGCAGAAGGAAAGCUUUACCCCCGGCCAAAACCGGUCCCUGCUGUGCACGCAAUAACUGGUUUCGCCAAUGAUGGUUCAUUUCUAGAAAUGUUUAAAAAAAUGCAAGAACAAGCACAAACUUCUAGUGGUGCGGCCAUGCCGGCGACAGCCGAUGACGGCGCAGCAACACAGUACCAUGCAGCCGGCUCGUCUCAAGCGAUUUAUCCGGGUGCGACAAAUAUUGUUCAGCAACAUCAACAACAGCAGCAGCACCAACCAGUCCCGGUGUCGAUCAUCGGUCGGCGGCGUGGUGGAAAGAUUCUUAAAACAGGCAUCGUAAAGAAACCCAAACCCAUCGAGGACUCUUUCACCGAAACACCGAACGAUGCCUGGAAUCUUUAUCUAUUGGAAGUGAAAAAAUAUAAAAAUGCUUCUUGUGAUGCAGAUUCCAAAACGCGGCCGUUAGUUAAAUAGGAUCUGUAGAAAUGAGCAUUCUGUGAAAAUAUGUGACGUGAUCGCGAAAAAGCGUGUUUUCUUUAUUACUAACUAAGACAAUUUUAUAGUGUAAAGAAACACGAACGCAGUAGUUUCCGAAUCAUAUCGGAAGCACAAUCACAUUUUAUAAUGUAGAUAUAAUAACUAAUGCUUUAGGAUAAAGUAGAUAAGGUCAUUUUUAGCUGUGUAAGUUGCUGCUGUUCGAAAUGCAUUUUCUUAUAACACGUGUCACAAUUCCCUUAGCAGUUUGUUUAGCGUUUCACCGAAAGCCGAGUAUUAUUACUUGUAGAAGAAAAAACAACGCAACGCUGUUCGCCAAGAGGUACACAAUUUUUUACCGGACAAGGUGGUCGUGACUGUAAUUGUAAUAUAUAUUAAUUAUAUAUUGAAAUUCUCGUUUAUUUUUUUAUUUAUGCUAAAAAUGGAACAUUUAAUUCCACUGUUCACUGUGUUUGUAUUCCUUGAUGCUAAACUGCUAUAACUUUGUUAACGAUGUAGGUUACAAAAUCAAGUUUCCGUUUUUAUUUAUUUUGAUCUAAAUUUUAUCAUUUAAUGCUUGCGUUGCUACCGCUGAGACCCAAAAUGUCUUAGUCGAAAGAAUCAAAUCUGCGUAUAGCUGCUGCUACUGGUUAUAUUUUUGUAUAUACAUUAUAAUAUUGGCAAUUAUCGUUGUUUACCUCUAUUCUACAUUCCGAUCAAAGCCUUUUUGAUCGGAAAUCUUAUUUUGAUCAGAAUCAAAACGUAUGCCAUGAAACAUGUCGUUCGGGAUGCAGAAUAGGAAGUCUGAUCAGAAUGUAGAAUUGAGGCGAUUAGUUUUCAUCUUAAGACCGAUCAACUUGACCUUGUUCAUGUAUGAAUAAUGUCGAAUCAAAAUUUUAUAACACAUCAGGCCGAUAUUUUAUUAUAAAAAUCUUGGUAAAAUGAAAUCAGAAAAACAAGUAACGUAAUAAAGUAUUUCUGUACGUGGAUAAUUACUUUUUUGAGUUGUAGAAAAUGUCUUACCACCCCUCCUACAAAACUACGGUUUCGAGUUUUAAACAUCCACUGGGUAUUUCAUUGAUUUCAUUGACAUUGAUUGUGAUACCAAUACUCAACAUGAAAAUUUACAGUUUUACUUUGCAUUUCGACGGAUCGGUUUUUCAAUCGAUAAAGGAUGACAUUUCUUAUUCCAUCAGUAAAAUCAGACGAGCAAACAACUCGAUUGAGAUAGUUUCGAUCAAAAUAAAAUCGGCUAGGAAUAGAAAAUAAAGCUAUUAAUACAUGCAGAAGGGGUUCAUUGUUUAUCAUAGAUACACAAUAAAUUACCCACUAAGUUUUAAAAUCAUCUGCUUAAUAAUGGGUAAAACAAAUUCGUCCGAAUUUAGCUAUUAUUAAACAUCUCCGGCAAUUACCGUGAACGCGGGUAAUUCCGAUCAGCUCCUAAUUCCGAUCACUCAA